AUGUUAGCAGCGCGACAGUCGCCGAGUCGAGUGUCGCGCAAUGCUGCUCAUGAAUAUGAGCCUCUAGCAUGGCUUGAAACUAGUCGAGUAUCUCGUCAAAUUAUUACGAAACAAUCGUUGGAACAAUGUUCGGAGAACGAAACUAUGGAGUCGUCAACGUCAUUGGGUAUAUGGUAUGGCAAUAAUAAAAUAGAAACUGAAAUUAUUAAAAAGGAUGAUGCGUUCUGGAAAAAAGACAUGGAACCAAAGUUGUUAAAAUUCUAUUACGACUGUCUUCUUCCCGAACUUGUCGACCCCAGGCACACCAGGAACAAGCCUAUUCGUGAUCCGGAUUACGUCGGCAAACGAGCAGGCGAAUUACCUGAUGGUAGGCAAUCACGCCGCCCAUAUGGACAACCGCAGCAAAGGAGUUGCGAGUGCGUUGCUGACCUUUUAGGUUUCGGAGAUUUCGGGAUUGGAGAGGGAUCGAGGGGGGGGGGGAAGGAUUGGGCGUCCGAUGCUCUCAAAUCCUUGGCGAAGACUAUGUGUGAGGUUGGCGUCAGCACUGCCACAUCGCUACAGUAUAAUAGAACGGAGUAUGAUUUGCAGUACAUCCUGAUUAUUGCUGACCUAACUUGUGAAGGUACUGACGGAUUUCUGGUUAAAGCAAGCAAGGAAGGUUAUUUCAAAGCCCCCUACCGCUGGUUACUCCUAAACUAUGAGGAUGAUGACACGGCACUAGCUGAUGCCGAUAUCCUGGUCGAUAGUGACGUGGUCCUGGUGAAGAGGAUCAGCGAUCAGGAGUACUGGUUUAUAGAAGCCUACAAAAUAUCAGAGACCUCCAAGAUAAUUCACACAAAACGAUUAAUAUGGAGAAGUAAUAACAGAAAAGUGGAUGAGAAUACAAGAAUUAAUAUCACAUCUUUUGAUCAACCUAACAGUGAAAAUACCGACUUAGCCCAAUACCAGUUCGACGAUACUAAAAAUACUGGAUUAGGUGUUCCAACGAGUACAAAUACUGUUUCAAAAGUAACUGUUACUAAAUAUGGAUGGAUGGAAGACUAUAGGAGUUCAAAUGUUUUAUCUUCAAGACGGUAUGAUUUGAGAGGACAUACAUUGACAAUGGUCAAUGUGAUCACGGACAGUAAUGAGACCAGACUACAUAUGAACGAUAGACUAUACCUACACCAGGACUGCAUAACUAAGAUGUCUUACGCCGUGGUAAGCAUAUGCUUUCACAUGCUGAACGCGACUGAGAGACUCCUCUUCACCCACACAUGGGGAUACAAGGACAAGAAUGGACAAUGGCAGGGAAUAGUUGACCAUCUGCUAAAGAAGGAUGCUGAUUUGGGAACCCUAACAAUAUUUACACAAGAGCGCAUGGAUGUGGUGGACUACAUAGCAAUGGUUGGCACGACAGCCGUGCGCUUCGUGUUCAGGGAGCCCCCCCUCUCCUAUAUCUCCAAUAUCUUCACCCUGCCUUUCUCCGGCACCGUCUGGCUGGCCAUCUUCAUUUGUGUCCUGGGAUGCUCCAUAUUCCUGUAUAUUGCUUCCAGGUGGGAAGCCAGUAUGGGUAUGCACCCACUACAACUGGAUGGAUCCUGGGCUGAUGUCCUUAUCCUCAUUAUUGGUGCAGUUCUGCAGCAAGGAUGUACACUGGAACCGAGAUAUGGAGCAGGACGCUGCGUGACCUUGAUCCUCUUCAUAGCUCUGACGGUCCUCUACGCAGCGUACUCAGCGAACAUCGUAGUACUGCUCCGAGCUCCCAGCUCCUCAGUCAGAAGUCUACCAGAUCUCCUGAACUCACCACUCAAAUUGGGCGCCAGUGAUUUUGAGUACAAUCGGUAUUUCUUUAAGAAACUCAACGAUCCCAUCCGCAAAGCUAUUUACGAGAAGAAGAUUGCACCGAAGGGAAAGCAGGCGAAUUUCUACUCAAUGAAAGAUGGCGUCGAGAGAAUUAGAAAGGGUCUGUUCGCAUUCCACAUGGAGCUGAACCCAGGGUACCGACUAAUCCAAGAGACGUACCAGGAGGACGAAAAGUGUGACCUGGUGGAAAUUGACUACAUAAACGAGAUAGACCCCUGGGUGCCAGGGCAGAAGAGGUCGCCGUUUAAGGAUCUUUUUAAGAUUAAUUUCCUGAAGAUCAGGGAGUCAGGAGUGCAAGCGAACGUGCACCAGCGGCUGACGGUGGCUCGGCCGAGAUGUUCAGGACAUAUGUCCACCUUCAGCAGUGUGGGCAUCACCGACAUGUACCCUGCUAUGCUGAUGACCUUAUAUGGAAUGCUGCUUGCCCCAGCCGUCUUACUGCUUGAGAUUACGUAUAAACGUUUAAUAACAAUUAGACAGCAGAAAAGAAUACUAGCGGAUUCUGACCACAUCCCGUUCCGGCAUUGA